ACAAUGAACAGCAAACAGAACUGAGAAGAACAAGUGAGUAAAUAGUAAAUUACAAUGGGGCGAACCAAGACAAACAGUGGAGGAGGGGGAAGCAGCCAGAGUCCCUCUACAUCUGAUAGUUCUACCAGCACAGCUGUCGCAGAGACUCGAAUCAAAGACCUUCUAAAAGAGUUGUAUGGCCUAAUUCAUCAGAUCCAGGAUGAAAGGGCCCAGGGUGAGCACAAUCUAACAAACAUCUCUAAGACACACGAGAGAAUGCAGCAGGAACAAAAAAGUAAGAAUGAAAUAACACCAUACUACAAGAACAAGCUGAAGGGCCUGUAUAAGACAGCCAUGCAGGAUGCUGAGUUAGAGGCAGAGUUGUUAAGAAAGGCUCUGGACAAGAUAACAGAAGUGAAAAGCAUCAGAGAAACAAGAAGACUAGGUAAGUACAGUCACUUCUUAUAUUUAAUUUUUAUUUGUGAGUCAGUGAAUAUCAGCAAGAGGCUCUUUGAACCAACAGGCAGAUAA